ACCAUUCUGGUUAUUCUAAUUGGCCCGUAACGAUCACAAUACCUGCGAAUAUUCAGUCCGUCAAGGUGCCAGCAUGAAGGGAGCCCUAUUGACUUUUGUAUUGGUACAAUUAACCAACUACGCUGGAUGGUCUGAAGGAUACAUCGUUGGCGCUGGAUUGAAUGUCCGCUUCGCUCAACUGCUACACACCGACAGCAAAUACCAGGUCCUUCGCGAGGAGAUGGUGAAAACCAACACACGUAACUUGGUCUAUCACUGUCGAGCUGACAAGAGUGACUGUGAUGCUGCUCUGGCUAAGAUGAGAUAUAAAGCUAGUAAACAUUUUUAUGCGCUGGCUAAAGCAGUCGUGGACUAUGUAAAGAAUAGACGACAGGCGAGGCCAACUGGAUAUGUUGGCACGGCUACCUUCUGCCAAGAAAACCUCUGCGUGCUUGACACGGACCCGCCAAUAGUUUUCGGUGGCUGCUACGUGCUGAUCUCUUGUGGGGGCAACGUAACCUGGUAUCUGGAUCCUGUCGUCGACACGAAGAAAAGGAAAAGAUUCCUUUAGAAAAUCUGUUUAAUUAUAGUUUUCUAUUCCUAAAGAAAGAA